AUGGUGGAUCGUCUUGCCAAGGGCUGGUUCUCUGAGGUUUCCUCCGAGAUGUGGCCGGGCCAAGCAAUGUCACUCGCAUACGAGGAGAUCUUGGAGGACGUGCAAUCUGAUUUCCAACACGUACAGAUCCUCAAAACCAAGACCUAUGGCAACGCCUUGUGUCUCGACGGCGUCAUUCAGAUCACUGAACGCGAUGAGUUCUCCUACCAAGAGAUGAUGGUUCACGUGCCCAUGUUCUCGCAUCCCAAUCCCGAACACGUGCUGAUUAUUGGCGGCGGUGACGGUGGUGUACUACGUGAAGUUCUCAAACACCCGGCGCUCAAGUCGGUCACUCAAUGUGAAAUCGACGGCACCGUCAUUGAGCUGUGCAAGAAGCAUCUGCCCUCCAUCGCCCAAAGCUUUCAUCACCCCAAGGCCAACGUUAUCGUUGGAGAUGGCUUUGAGUAUAUGAAGCAGCACCAGCAGGAGUUUGAUGUCAUCAUUACAGACUCUUCUGACCCCAUCGGUCCUGCCUCCUCACUUUUCGAGAAAGAGUACUACAGCCUGGUCCGCUCUGCUUUGCGCGACGGCGGCAUCAUGUGCGCGCAAGGCGAAUGCAUCUGGUUGCAUUUGGACUUGAUCAAGAGCAUGCAGGAGUUUAGCCGUACGCUCUACCCGGUCGUCGACUAUGGCUACUUGACCAUCCCCACCUAUCCUAGCGGUCAGAUUGGAUUUAUUCUGUGCAGCAAAAACAGCGAGACCAACUUUCGCGUGCCCUUGCGCCGCGCCAGCUCCGAAGAUAUGCGAAACAUGCACCUGCGCUACUACAACCCUGACAUCCACAGUGCCUCGUUUGUGCUUCCCCAAUUUGCGCGAUUGGCGCUCGAGGAAGCUGAGGCUAGCACGACUUCUGCAAGCGCAUGA